AUGUUGACAACAUCUCCCAUCGUGGCCAGCUCCGCCAAUGCGUCGCCCAGCAGCUUUCAUUAUGCCCCUACGCGCUCCUCCCCGCACUCGUCUCCUGCCCGGCUUUCGGCCCCUUUGCCGCGGCGGCACUCUGCAUCCAGAUCCUCCCCGUCCACCUCAAUGACCUCACCCUCCCAACCACGCCCACGACAAUAUGUAGCUGUCGAUGCCGGCACUCAAUACUCUCCCAUGGAGUCUCCGAAUCACCAGCCCCAGGCACACCCGACAGAAGGUGUCGCCGAUGCCCCGCGCACCUCAGUGCCCGCUACGCCUGCCGAACCCCCACCAGCGCCGCGUCCUCAACCGAUAGACCCUUCCGCGCCUCUGCCGCGACCUCAACCUCAGCCGACAACGCAAACGCAGACUGUCGUGCCUCCUGCCGUACGGCAGUCAUCAGUCACCAUCGCCUCACCUGGCAAGCGACGGAACUCCCAAGACCCCGCCAUCGCGCAAGCGAGCGCAUCCGGCGCCGGCGAAUCUUUGAGUGCGGCUAAGCGCCCCAAGCCAACAGCUGGGCCGGCCAAGGUACUGCCACAGCGGUACGAGCUGUGCGGUGUCGAGGAUAUGGUUGUUUUGAUAUCACACAUGCUGUCUGAACUCAUCGAGACCAAUGACGCCCUGGCUCUUCGCUCUGGCAGCCUGACUCGGUUCCAUUCGAGGACGACACCGAGCAUUUCUGUCCUUGACUACCUGAACAGACUAGCCAAACACGCGACACUGACACCGCCGCUGCUGCUGUCCAUGGUCUACUACAUUGACCGACUAUGUGCCUUAUAUCCAGAAUUCACCAUCAACACGCUCACUGUACAUCGCUUCCUGAUAACGGCGGCCACUGUCGCGGCCAAAGGCUUAUCGGACUUGUUCUGGAACAACACUACAUAUGCGCGAGUGGGAGGCGUUAGGGUCGCCGAACUCAAGCUGCUGGAACUAGAGUUUCUGUACAGGGUAGACUGGAAGAUCGUGCCAAACCCAGAAGUACUCGUCGCAUACUAUCGGGGCCUAGUUGAACGCUGCCCCGGCUAUGCUCUGCAGGACGAGGAUGCGGUCGUCGAGGAUGAAGGCUCUGACGAGGUUGACGACGAGGAGGGGUCAACCGAAAUUUCAGACGGCGGCGGUGACGACAGUGGGGACUCGCCCGAUGAUGAGAGUCCUGCGAAGUCGCCGCCGCCUGACGCAGCAGGCUGGGUCCCCCAGAACCUCCCCUCCCACAACCUCCGUCUCCUUCAAUCGGCGUCAUCACCCAGGCCACCGAAUCCGACGACUGAACGGGUGCAGAGAAAUUGGAAAACCAUGCGCGCGACAUCGUUCCUGUCGGCGCUCUUCGCAGCGACCCUCGCCGCCGCAGCUGAGGCGCGCCUCGCCAAGAUCUACGUCGAGCCAGUCUCCCUCGCCGCGAGCAAGUCGCCCUCCUUCCUCGCCGAGGUCGAAUACGACGCAAAGCAACCCGCCGAGGCGACCGUCUCGUCUUUCGAGUUUCCCGAGCUGCCCGAGGACGGCGCGAAGCUCGUGCGUGUAGGCGUCUACGAUACCGCGACGAAGCAAUGGACGUCCUCCGUGUCGGUGGCCUCGACGGAGAACUUUGCCAAGGGGUACCAGCCCAACAUCCUCCUGAGCGUGGACGCUGACGGCAACGUGGUUGGAGCGGGCUUGAAGGGCGUUAGGAUCGAUGCGGGCGCGACGAGGGACUUCGGGCCGCAGGCUGUUGUUCGGGUUGCGGGACAGGGCAAGACACCGGAGCUGAAUAAGCCGGUUGUGCUGAGUCCUGAGGGGAGGAAGGUCGUCCAAGAGGAGAAGACCCUCUUCCAAAAGUACUGGUGGUUGAUUGCGAUCGUUGUCCUCAUGACGGUCACGGGCGGCGGAGAUGGGAAAUAG